CUCGACAUUUUCACUUCAUCCAGAGGCUGAAAUGGAGCUGCUCGUCCUCCUGAUCUUCUUCCAUCUGAUUCUGGACAUUAACUCUCAAUAUGUUCCCCAGCUCUCUGUGUCUCCUGAAGUUAUCACACUGAGAGGAUCAGUGCAGCUUCACUGUCAUGUUCCAGACCAUCUUAAAGUGUCUCAGUGUUUUUUCUACCCAGAGAAACAAAACACAUAUCUAAAACUCUCUCCAUCGUGUCAGCUCUCAGUCACUGGUUCUGAACUGAUCAGAUGGACAGGACACAGAUCUCCUGGAACACUUCGUAUUAUUUGUUUCUACGCUUUGGAUAAAUCAGUUCGUGUUCCUUCUCCUCACUCUCUCCCAGCUCCAGUCACAGUGAUGUAUCAGAAACCGAGACUAAGCAUCGGUUAUUAUGAUCAGACUGAUGACAUCAUAUUUUCAUGUGACAUACCAGAGUCAGAGUCAGUAGCUGCUGAUGUUAGGUGUAAUCUCUACACUGGAGAAAAUCCUCAACCUUAUCUAAACCAACCAACUAAAAAGAUAACAUCUAGGAGGUUUUCUUGUAUUUUUACAGUUAAGAGAAAUUAUGUUUUUAAUGUUCUGCAGUCAGUAAAGAGCAGUGAAGUGAGCUGUGAUUAUUCACUGAUCUCUGACUCGACUGCUCGCUCUCUAAUGAGUGAUAAAUACAAUCUGAUACGUUUUUUCCCUACACAGACACAGACGUCUACAACUGAAACAUCUACAGGUUUAUUUCCUGCACCGACACAGACGUCUACAACUGAAACCUUCACUACAGUUUCUACAACUGAUCUGAUUACCACAAAGCACAUAACCACUCAUUUACAUCCUGUACCGACGACACCAUCCACACCUACAGAGACAUCUACUGCAAUUCUUUAUACUCAUCUGAUCAGAGCGAUGACUGGAUCUUCUGAGAACCUGCAGGUUUCAUCCCUCUGGACGAUUGGAGCAGUGUGUGUGCUUGUGUCUGGAGCUUUACUGACUGGAUUCAGUAUCUUCAUCUUCCUCAGGACCGACAGAAGAGGAAGAUUUAAAGGUGAGAUUUCAUUUCUUUUCUUUUCUUCUUAAAUUAAGCCACCUGUCGAGUUGCCAGAUCCUUGUUUUAAACGCCCAUUAACGCGUGUAAUUAAACUGUAUUGUACGUAAUUAUUGUUCUUGUUGUUUUUAUUAUUAAACUAUUACUAGUCUUAUAUAAUGUCAUCUAGUAGCUUAGCUUGUUUUCUCAUUAACAAUACAGCAGUUGUGUAAUCAGUAUGUUUGUGUGUGUUCAGUAUGAGAUGUGUAGUUGUUGGAGGCUCUGAAUGCUGUUUUCUAACUAAACUGAAACAGUAAAAGUUUUUAUUUAAACCUAAAGACAAACAUGAUAAAUUAUUUACAUGUUGAUUUAUUUAUAAUCAGAGUGAAGUUUAAUGUCAGUACAGUUAAUAACUCAGUGUUGUUGUUCCGAGCUGACUGUAAGCGUUAAGAAGUGGUUUAUUAAUGAGUAAAAGCUGUGUGUGUGUGUGUGUGUGCAUGUGUGUGUGUGUGUGUGUGUGUGUGUGUAGCUGGUCUCAUGCUAACCGCUGCAACUCUUAUCUGCGUUGUGUUCAAGGUUCAGGUCGCUUUCGUUCAGUUCACCAGGGCAGGUUUAUUAACACUGUUGCCCACCAAUCAACACUCCUCUCCUUUCCUGUAUAAUACAACACACGUUAGUUGGCUAACAACCACGUUAACACUGCAUACAAACGGCCCACACGAUAAAUGCUCACAUUCUAAAUCCACUUGUAUAUAAAACAUAUAACAGAAGGUCUCAUAGUCUCAGAACUGUUUACAAAGUCAAAUCUAGUCGAUUUCUACACUUAAGAAGCUUAAUUAUCUCAUUAAUUGAAGAGCUCACACAAACGCCUAACUCUCUCAA